ACAUUUACUGGCACCGGGCCACAGCAACCAAGCCAGAGUUCGCUAGCACUCGUUGACCUUAGCCGUCCUCUUCCACGCAUGCCAUCCCGUCGCUCUGUGCGUAUUCUCUCCAGAUGGCUACUCUACGUCCCGAAUUCGUCGCCAGUCUCGUCCUUAUCGCAUCUCUCGUGGCCGUGUUUGGCUCGUCGCGAGCAAUAGCUUGGCUGGAGCGCAUCUGCUGGAUGAUCGCGCUCCUCGCGUGGAGCUGGGUGUGGGCGGCUUAUCAGAGGCGCACUGAGCUCCGAGCCGGCGUCAAGACGGGAUAUGAUCGCGAUGGCGAAGCAGAUAGUAGCUCGAGCACCUCACGCACGGAACUUAUUAGAGAGCUCGGGCAGCUGAGGCGAAGCGUGACGAUGCUCUGCGGGGACCUGGAGAGAACCCGAGGCGAGCUUCGGGAUGAGAUCGAUAAGCAUGCGCGCGCUGCAGAGAGGUGUAUCGCGCUGCAGCGGUCUGUGGACGUGUCCAAGGCGCAGCAGCAGGAUUACACUCAGACAAUCGAGCGGCAUCACGCGUUGUAUGAGGCGCUCGCGCGCAGGCAUAAGCGUGCGGAUCAGCUGGUACAUGAGCUGUUUGAAUGUAUCACUUAUCUCGAGGCUCAACUCGAGGAUCAGACUGGUUUCCCAUUGCACGAUCUCUUCACACCCCCGAGUCUAUGCAGCGACGGUUCUUCAAAGACGCUUCGGCACAUCCACGAACCGUACCUCCGCAUGCUUUCGAUGGCAACCGACCAGCCUCUGCAACGCGCUGUUCUCCCGAUGAAUCCUUCUGCUCGUUGCUGUGACUAUUUUGAAUGACCAAUGUACAAAACGCAAUGGAAGGUGUAGGCAGGCAGAUCCAGCGUACGUAGAAAGCAGACGCCGAAUGUGGCGUCUCCAGUGCCCCUCCGAGAAAGAACU